AUGUCUAAAAGGGAAUUUCCUUUCGAUGAAUCCUGUCCAAUGCAGCUCAAGACUCAUGUGAACACUACUGAAUUCGAGAAGUCGAACAAUAUGGAGAACAUCUACACGAAAACACUUGAAGCGUUACGAGACGGAAUGGAGAGAUACGAGAACGGUGAAAUUAAGGAAGAAAUAGCGAACGAAAGCAUUAACUGUGAUCGUUGUCGUCAAACAAAAACUGGCCGCGGUGUAAAGUGUGCGUUCUGUGAACGGAACGCGUGUGGCGACUGCAGACGACAGUGUGCACACUGCGACAAAAUGUUUUGUCUUUUGUGUUUGGUGGCCAACUAUGAUGAGAGGCAUGAUUACCUCACAAGAAUUAUUCCAAGUGACUCGGCAUAUUACACAACACCAUUUCAUUAA